AACAUUUUUUAGAGAACCGCAAAUGACACAUAUAGUUUCCAAAAAGCUGUUUUACAUUCUUUAAUUUUAUGAAUACAAUUAAUCGAUGAAUAAUUGAAAAUCGAUAUUUUGAAUCGAAAUUGUUUCAGAUGUUCCACAAAUGUAUUGUCGAUAACAAAGUUCACAAUUUGCUUCUUAUUUUUAUAGAAACUUAAUGGGUAUUAAAUUAAACAUUUAUCUUUUUGUAAAAUAGUCACUUUUGGAGCAAAUAUGGAGCAAAAAACAUUAUUGAAGUGUAAUAUUUGUUUACUAAAAACAGUAGCAUCACAUCAUGUUAUAGCGACCUCUGGUUGUCAAAGUUGUCUACCAAUAGGGGUUGAUAGAACAGCUGUUUAUGUGUAGUUGCAGCAUACUUUCCUGUGGGUGUUACAAAAUAAGUAAUAUUAUUAUCCAAAUAUUAUAAAAUAAAAUGAAACACGCACAAUUUAUUGCUCGUACCGUAAUGGUACAAAAGAAUAAUGUUGAAGAAGCUUGCCGCCUGCUAAAUCGCAUUUUGGGUAAAGAAGAAAUAUUUGAUCAAUACCGGCGCACACGCUUCUAUGAGAAACCAUAUCAGGUACGUCGUCGCGUCAACUUCGAGAAGUGCAAAGCAAUCUACAAUGAAGACAUGAAUCGAAAAAUACAGUUUGUGCUACGUAAAAAUCGCACUGAGCCAUUCCCAGGAUGCAGUUAAUUUUCUAUUAGUAAUAAAUAGUGAAAACAAAAAUAAAAUUAAUGUGUUGUUAAACAAAAAA